AUGUCCUUUCAACCUGCAUUUAAUGCCAGGUUAAUAGCAGAAGUAAAAAAAUAUCCAUGUCUCUAUAAUCACGCGAAACGAGGAAGCGGUGACACGAUGGAACGGAUGCGAAUUUGGGAGAAAAUUGCUGCUGCUGUCGACAGCAACUGCUCUGGUGACUUCGCAAAGAAACGUUGGUUGCAACUCCGAGAUCGAUACCGGAAGGAAUUGAAAACGGCCAUCAAGCAAAAUUUUGUCACUCCUGUACGAUGGUGUUAUUUUUCGCACCUAUCAUGGCUCGAUCCCUACUUAAAGGAUAAUUUAGUAUUGACUGCCUGCGAUGGCUAUGGAGAGAGUAACGACGGUUUUUCAGUUGACGUUUUCGGAUUGAAUUCGGUGAAAACGGAGCUGGACGAUUCUGAUUGUGGUCAGUCGUCUUCCCUGAUGGAAACAUCCGUGAUAGAUCGCCUUCUUGCCUCAACUCAUCAGAUCACAAGUUCGCAAAAAGAUGAGCGCGAAGAGCAGAACAUAGGCGCGUGUGGUGCUGAAGAAGAAGGAAAAGAGGAUGGCGAAAAGGGCGUAGAAGCACCCUCACGGGAGUUAUGCGAUAGGAGAUCCGACAAAGGCGACAGUGGCGUUGGACUCGUUCAUCUGCCGCAACCACUUUCGUCUUCGAUUAUGAAGAAUCAGAUCAUGGCUCGGUAUCAGCAGCUUGAACAGGCGAUGAUCAAGCAGGCCAUAAAUACGGGGAAAAGUGUGAUGGAAUGGAUGAACGAUGAGGAUUUCUUAUACUGUAGGAUUAUCGGUGUUCGUUUAAAGAAGAUGGAGCCAAGAAAGAGGAAACGAAUCCGUGCCCAGAUCAUGAGUCUCCUCGAGGAGUCCGAGAAUGAACUGGAAGAAGACGACGACUCAAUGAGCAGUCCGAAUAUGGACGGAACGGAAUCCUCAGGCUAUGAUCAUUCGCUGCUGGAUGUGACUAACGAACAUUAA